UGGAGCAAUGCGUUGCAAAGAGUUGGUUGCAAUGCAGGGGAGCGAGGGUGAGCAUGUGUUGUGCUUGUGCAGAGAAAGCGUGCAAAAAGAAGAAGAAAAAGAACAGGAUAAGAAUGUGCAGCCAUUCCUGUCGCACAUGGACAACUUGGAGUGUCCAAACUGGAGAAACGGGACAUGGUUAGGUGCUGAGGAUGGCUGCCCACACAUCUGAGUAUUUCUGUCCUUCAGGCUGCCCACCGGGACUUCCUCCUUGCAACUUCCUGCCUUCAUCUUUGCCUCACCCCUUACCGUUAGACCCGCUCCGCCCACUCUGUGAGAGAACCAAUGGCAUCUGGCGUGGAGCUCCUUCGCUUCCAGCUCCCCGGCCAUGAGGCGGCCACACUGCGCAACAUGAACCAGCUCCGUUCUGAGGAGCGCUUCUGUGACGUCACCAUUGUGGCCGACAGCCUUAAGUUCCGGGGCCACAAGGUGAUCCUGGCUGCCUGUUCCCCGUUCCUGAGGGAUCAAUUCCUUCUCAACCCGUCCUCCGAGCUCCAGGUUUCCCUCAUGCACAGCACCAAGAUAGUGGCCGACCUCCUCCUAUCCUGCUACACUGGUGCCCUGGAGUUUGCCGUCAGGGACAUCGUCAACUACCUGACGGCCGCCAGCUACCUGCAGAUGGAGCACGUGGUGGAGAAGUGCCGAAAUGCCUUGUCCCAGUUCAUCGAGCCCAAAAUCAGCCUCAAGGAAGACGCCACAAAGUUUGGAAGCCACCGAAGGUCUCAGACCCCUGGUGUGGUGGACUGUUCCACUUCCAGCCGAAAAGAAUACUCCCGCAAAAGGCCUAUGCUACGGCCCAUCAAGCUGGAGUUUCCCCUGGAGGAACACCUGGAGAUGAAGGCAGAGGAUGACGACGACGACCAGGACGAAGAUUACGGGGACGACGAUGCUGUCUCCGAUAUCUGCAUUGUGAAGAUCGAGUCAGCCAUGGAGGUGGCUCAACGGCAGAAGAAGAAGCAGCAGCAGCAGCAACAGCAGCAGCAGGCGGGUGCAACUUGGAACAAAGAGGCGUCUCCUCAGCAAAGCUGGAACAAGGAGUCCUCUCCGCAACAGGCUUGGGGCAAGGAUUCCCCUCCACCCGGGUGGAACAAAGAUGCUUCGGGAGAUCAAGAAGAAUCCCAAGUCAACUCCACGGUGGCGGAAGCCGUGGGGUCCCCUCCGGAACCGACAACAGAGAAACCUCAGCAGGGCGUCGUCAAGGCCUGUUACAGCCUUUAUGAGGAUGCGGAAGGCUCGGGCCUGCUGAUCAUCCCCAGCGGAGGCUACUUGGAAGAGACCAACGAAGCGGCGGCCGUUGCGUCCGAGUGCCAGAGCAGCGGUGGCGGGGUGGGGCUGGUCUUAGCAGGACUGAGCGGGCGCCCCUUCUCCACCUUCCCCGCAACGGGGAGAGGCAGCGACGGCUCGGGGGCGGCCUGGGGGAGCAACGGCGCCUCGCGGAUCAUCUGCUGCACCAAGUGCGACGAGGUCUUCCAAGGGGUGGAGAAGCUGGUCUUCCACAUGCGCGCCCACCACUUCAUCUUCAUGUGCCCCCGCUGCGGCAAGCAGUUCAACCACAGCAGCAACCUCAACCGGCACAUGAACGUCCACCGCGGCGUCAAGUCGCACUCCUGCACCAUCUGCGGGAAGUGCUUCACCCAGAAGUCCACCCUUCACGCGCACUCAUGCAUGAACCUCCAGCAGCUGGCGAGGCAGGCCACAGUCUGCUCCUGCACUACGAUGGUCCGGCUUGUGCGCACAAGCAUUGCCCGCCGCAUCCAGGCGUGGCCACCUCAGCGAACAAGCACGGCAAGCAUCUUCACGGGCGGAGAACGUCAUGGAAGCUGGCAUGGCCCAGAUUAACGUCCUCAUACGCUGAAGGAGGAGGAGGAAGGCUGUGGGAAGUCGAAUAGGAGGCUACUCCUGAGCUCUGAGGGAGGGAAGUGGGGUGUAGGGGUUAGGAUGUGGGGGUGGUGAGCCAGAAGCUCCUCGAGUUUUGAGGGAUGGGAUAUUAGCAACUAGUGUACUAGAGGGAUGUGGGGCGCCUGGAUUCUUUGGACGGGGGGCAAGACUAGUGGAUUAGAAAUGUGUAGGUCGGACAGGAAACCAAGAGGUGAGGGGGGAUCUAGUCCAGUCAGACCAGCGGGGCUGAGGGAUCCGAGAUCAUUUGGGUCUGUUCUCUUCCUUUGCCUUUCCCAGACCUCUGCCCGUUAUGCCCCAUCACCAGAAACCACUACCUCUUUUUACAGCCAAGUAGGCGUAGGAUCAUAGUCUUUGGGCUGUUUUUUUUGGGUGAGAGCCAUGACUCUCUAAAUACCUCCUCUGUUAAAAGGGCAUAGCUGUGACCUCAGUCUUGGCACCCCAAAAGCACCAAAAUGGCCGUUGAAUCAUUACAGCAUCAGCAGGGAGGCUGACCUGACCCUGAUUUGAUAGAAGUGACAGCAGAUCUGUCCCUUCUGACCCUAUCUCCUGCUGUUUUGUAAUUUGUUCAGCGGUGGGGGCUGAUUUCACCCAGGAGCCUAUAAGGAAACCCCCGCCCCUACCAAUGGUCAGAAGCCUCCGGGUACUUGUAGGAGUGUAAAGAAAGCAGGAAGCUAUCUGAAUGUGACCUCACCCUGAGAUUCAAACCGUGAAACCGUUGAGUGGAGAGAAUCUACUUUGUAGCUUACCUACAGAAGCCUAGUCGUCUGGGUCGGCAGGGUAUAAUUUUAUUCAAAUACACAAGCCCUGCUUGCGAGUUACAGUGAACGCACGUACAAUCCACCUACAGCAUAUACUGGUUUUUCUUUAUACCCGUGUUGAGUAGUUCUCGUGUUACAUUCACUGCACGUACAGCUGAACACGUGGUUAAAACUGUAGCGUUUGUCCAGGUACUGGUCACGUUUGUAAAGUGAACGUUCACGGGCUCUUUCUUACAAACUGAUGUACGCAUAUAUAGGCAGGAUGUACAUGGGUUCACUGUAACGUAUGAACAGGGCUAGAGAACCUGGUAAUCCGGGGGAAACCGAGAAGCGCAUGAAGGUGAACCGUUCCGGCUACGUGUAUUCUGCAGACCUGUAAUUGCAGUGGGCAAUUGUGGAAUCUCAACUUUUGGGGCUUUGAAAAAGGAAGUUGCUAGUUCUCAUGGCUGUGAAGACGCAUUUGAAAAUGUAGAAGAUAUUUGUGGGAGCUCAGAAACAACUGUGGGGUGUGUGUGUGUGCGUGCGUGUGUGAGGAAAUUUCCCCCAAGUCAACCCCCAUCGGUUGUUUUGAGGUGUAUCACAGAGAUAAGUCUGUUACACACUGUGUCUGGUUACACACUGUGACUACACACAGUGUGUAACAGACUUCUCUCUGUGAUACACCUCUGAGGAUGCAGGCAAAAUAUUAGGAACCAGACCACGGCCACACAGCCCAGAAAACCCACCACAACCUGUUGAAUCCGGCCGUGAAAGCUUUCGACAGUUACAACUUACUUCCUCGGAUAUAGGGAAAUGAGUUCCGACUCACAAAAUAAAUGUUAGUCUUUAAGGUGCCCCGGCACUUCUGUUUUUAUUGUGGUUUAACAGACUAACGUGGCUACCCUUUUGCAUUUACCAUGUUUACAAGGCCUCUUGAGCCGGAUUCUUCACUGCCUUGGGGGCUAGAGCCUUGCUUUUCAGAGUGAAAGCUGAGAUUCUCGGGCUGCUGAAUUUCACACUCAGUACCCAAAUCUCCAUUUUGGGCAUGGAAUUGCCACAACCCUGGAACCACUCCCUGGUGGCAUUAGGACAACAGGAUUUAUUUUCUCCUUGAAAAACAGUAUUGGUUCUGAUCCCCUGGACCCUAACUAGCUUUUUUUAAAAAUUCAAAUGUUUUUCUAUAAAAAAAUAAAAAAAACAUUUUAAAAA